AUGACAAAUGAUUCGGUAUCAUCAACACUUUCAACUGAUGGAGUACGAAAGCAACCCACAUUUAUGGAUGCUGCUUCUAAAAUAACAUGGAGAGAUUUUGCUUUAGAUAACGCAUUUCGACUGCCUUGUUCAGCACAAUCCAUUGUAACUGGUGUUGCUGCUGGUUUGGCUAUUGGGACUGUCCGAUAUUUCACAGCAAGGAAAUUGAGAACAGCGUCCAACUGGGGAGUGCUGGGAUUUGCCACAAUUUCGCUUUGUUCAUGGGAAUUCUGUCGAUUUCAACGAAGAGUAGUUGCCCAGCAAAUGGAGUCCAUGUUGAUCGAACAGCGUCAACGCAGCAAAGUGUUGACGGAGAAGCAGCAACUAGAGAAUGAGCUAGAGGCUCAAAAGCCCACUCCCUCUUCGUCUUGGUGGGGAUAA